ACCAUCAUGGAGAUGCGGGGUCCCCAGAUCUGCGACGUACCCGUCUUGUUUCGGAAAGGUGUUUGAAACUCUGUUCGACCAAGAUGGGAUCUCGUGAGGGGUACGCAGGUAUUUAAGCGCCGCGCACGAUGAUUUCAGCCGGCAUCCUUCGACAACAACUCUGACAAUUCACCAUGGCUGCAUCUCUGGAUAUCACGUCCUUUCACAAUGUCAUCAACAACGAUUUGACCUCCACUCCCUCCACGCGUCACAGCAUCAACCCCGCCAAUCGCCAACCCAACCCCCCAGUCCCCGUCUCGACCCAACAAGAUCUCGAUCGUGCGGUUCAGUGUGCCCGCGAUGCAUUCCAGAAGUGGUCCAAGACCUCCUUCGAUGAGCGUCGAGCUGCCAUCCUCAAAUAUGCCGACGCCAUCGAGGCCAACGCGGACAGCUUGGCGCGUCUCUUGACGCAGGAACAGGGGAAACCACUCAGCCAGUCGACGACCGAAGUCGGCAUGGCUGCCACAUGGGCUCGAGGCUUGUCGAGUAUCACCGUUCCCGAGACCGUCAUACAGGAUACGGAGGACUGCAAGGUGAUUCAACGCUACACCCCGUUGGGCGUUUCCGGAGCCAUCGUGCCGUGGAAUUUCCCCGUGUUGCUGGCAAUCGGGAAGAUCAUCCCGGCUGUGUACACGGGAAACACGGUCAUCGUCAAGUCGUCUCCUUUCACUCCGUACUGCGGGCUGAAGCUGGCAGAAUUGGCCACACGAUGCUUUCCCCCCGGUGUGGUCCAGGCGUUGAGUGGCGGUGAUGAUCUGGGCCCGAUGAUUACGGAGCAUCCGGGAAUCGACAAGAUCAGCUUCACGGGGUCGACCCUGACCGGAAAACGAGUCAUGGCCAGUUGUGCAAAGACGCUGAAACGAGUCACUCUGGAGCUGGGGGGUAACGACCCGGCCAUCAUCUGCGACGAUGUCGACAUCGACGCCGUAAUUCCCAAAGUCGGCAUCCUCUCCUUCCUGUGCUCAGCCCAGAUCUGCAUGAUGAUCAAACGUCUCUACGUCCACGAGAAGAUCUACGACGAGUUCCGAGACAAAUUGGUGCAGUUCGUGCAGGCCCUCAAGGUGGGCGACGGCACCGAGUCCGAUGUCUUCUUUGGUCCCGUUCAAAACGGCAUGCAGUUCGACAAGGCUCGCGAUCUUUUUGGCAGCAUCACAACCGAUGGGCUCAAGGCCGUCUUGGGUGGCACGAUUGAAAACUCGGCUGGCUACUUCAUCCACCCAACCAUCAUCGAUAAUCCGCCCGAAGACUCCCGCGUCGUGCAGGAAGAACCGUUUGCCCCCAUUCUCCCGAUCAUGAAAUGGUCCGACGAGGCCGACGUGUUGGCCCGAGCCAACGGUUCGGAGAGCGGAUUGGGAUCGUCUGUCUGGAGUAAGGAUCUGCAACGAGCGAUGCGGAUGGCCGAUCAGCUGCAGAGUGGCAGUGUGUGGGUGAACUCGCACUUUGAGGUGGCUCCCAAUGUGCCGUUCGGAGGGCACAAGACGAGUGGAAUUGGCACAGAAUGGGGAUUGAACGGACUGACAUCGUAUUGCAACUCGCAGUCGGUGUGGCUGCGCAAGGCUUGAUUUGAUGAUUGACGUACAUACAU